AUGAAUCCCUCAUCUUCAACGAAACUUGCUGAACGUCAAUCCUCUCAGAUACCCCCGGAACAAUCCUCAAAGAACUCAAGCCAGAUCCAUCCACCCGGAUGGGUGCAUUUUGUCGCUGGCGGGCUUGGGGGAAUGUGCGGCGCUAUAGUGACCGCGCCAUUUGAUCUGGUCAAGACAAGACUUCAAUCUUCUACUUUCCAUGCUGACCGCUCUCAAAUUACCCGGUUUACAUUCCCAUCAUCAGCAAUGCCCACAACAACAACCGUAACCACCACUGGAUCUUCCAAUCGUUUGCUUUACCAUUUCAUCGAUACUGGCAAGAUCAUUCGUGACAUCCAUCGUCUCGAGGGUUUCCGAGCACUUUUCCGCGGCCUUGGCCCGACCCUAGUCGGCGCAAUACCAGCCCGAGCCAUCAACUUUUACGUUUAUGGGAUGGGGAAAGAAUUUUAUUGUAACCUCAUCACCCCCACUUCUGACAAUUCUUCGACUCUAGUACACAUCCUCUCGGCUAUCACCGCCGGUAUUGCAACCUCAACAGCUACCAAUCCCAUUUGGGUCGUUAAAACCCGGCUUCAACUCGAUGUACCUUCCUCCAAUACACCGUUUCCUUCCGCAGUACGCACUGGGGCCCUGGCGAUCGACCCUCCUGCACGACCUUCCAUCGGUUCACCGAUCCUUCCAACUUCCUCUAACCUUUCAAAACGUCUCCUGAGUCCCCUCGGCAAUUCUCUACAUUGUAUCUCAAAAAUUUAUCGUCAAGAAGGUAUCCCUGGUUUUUAUCGCGGCCUAUCAGCUAGCUAUUUGGGUGUCACCGAGGGCACCAUUCAAUGGACCCUUUACGAAAAGUUCAAACGCCUGGGAUCCCAUUUCAUAGAGGAUCGAGAUAACCGUCAAGAAGGAACAUGGUCUACCAAAAUGGUUGCUGCUGGUGCCGCCAAACUAAUUGCAACAGGAAUCACAUACCCCCAUGAAGUCGUUCGAACUCGAAUGAGGCAAAAACCACCUCAACCACCUGCGAAAUCGAAAUACGUCGGCCUCGUUGCCACUUUCCGGGUAAUCUUAGCAGAGGAAGGCCUUAAAGCAUUUUAUGGCGGACUAUCGCCACAUCUCCUUCGGGUUGUGCCAAAUGCCGCAGUCAUGUACACGGUCUACGAAGCCGCCCUUUCGAUCAGUCGUUCCUCAUUUAAUCCUUGA